AAGGAUGGAAUUCAUCCAUGGAACUAUUACCAUGCAACCUCCUCCCUCUUGUCUUUGAGAGUCCUCCCUUCACCCUCUCCUACAGGGGUUUCCGGGGUCAUAUUAAGGAGGGGCAGAGGGGUUUUUCCGGCAUCAUAUAGGAGAAAUUAACUAUAACCGGAAAACCCUGAAUGGCUUCAGCUCCUACAGAUUCUCCUCCUCCAUCACCACCAGAUUCUUCAACGCCACCCCCAUCCGAAUCAUCGCCACCAACACCAGAUCAAUCAUCUCCUCCUCCACCAGAUUCUUCACCACCACCACCUGAUAAUUCGGUCCCACCACCAUCUCCUCCUCCCCCUCCUCCGCUCUCUCCCAACGAUGGCACUACUCCACCAGCACCGCCUGCUGAUAAUGGUAACAGCAACACCUCUCCACCACCUCCGCCACCACCAGUCAAAGCACCAAGUAACGGCUCUCCACCCCCACCCCGACUAGCUCCUCCCUCACAGGUAACAUCAUCGCCUGGCUCAAAGCCAUCACCUAGUAAUGACAGCGUCUCCAUACCUCUGUCGACUGUAAUACUUGUGGCGACCGGUGUCGGUGCGUUGUUUCUUCUCACGAUAUUGAUAAUUGCAUUAUGCCGUAAAAAGAAAAAGAAGCCAAAACAGUUUGAUGAUCAGAUGCCAUACUACAGGGAUGCACAGCAAGGUGGUGCUGGAUACUACAACAGGACAUCACACGCUGGAGGUCAAAACAUUUGGCAGGAUUCUCCGCAAAGAGAACAUGGGAUCAAUAUUUUACCUCCGCCUCCGGGGGCAAUAGGUGGGGGAACACCUGGAGGUGGAGGCUGGCAACCAACAUCACCUAGCGGUACAAUUGGAACAACACCUGCACAUGGAGGCUGGCAACCAGUACCGGUACCAUCACCAGUCGCGCCACCACUACCUUUGAGUAGCAGUAAUGACAUGAGCUCCUCCAAUUUCUCAGGGCCAUACGGUCCAGCUCUGCCUCCACCACACCCCUCUGUUGCUCUCGGAUUCAACCAAUGUUCAUUCAGCUACGAAGAGUUAGCAGCCGCAACCCAAGGGUUCACUAACUCUAACUUACUUGGUCAGGGUGGGUUCGGUUAUGUGCACAAGGGGGUAUUGCCAAAUGGAAAGGAAAUAGCGGUCAAGAGUCUCAAAUCGGGUAGCGGCCAAGGGGAUAAGGAGUUUCAGGCGGAGGUUGAGAUUAUUAGCCGUGUCCACCACCGCCAUCUUGUGGCCCUAGUUGGGUUCUGCAUAGCCGGAGAUAGGAAGUUGUUGGUGUAUGAAUUUAUUCCUAACAAAACACUGGAAUUUCACCUCCAUGACAAGGGUCAUUCCACCAUGAACUGGGCAACUAGGCUAAAGAUUGCUCUUGGUGCUGCUAAAGGUCUUGCUUACUUGCAUGAAGAUUGCCAUCCUCGCAUUAUCCAUAGAGACAUCAAAUCUGCCAACAUUUUGAUCGAUAACAGCUUCGAAGCAAAGGUGGCGGACUUUGGUUUGGCUAAGCUAACUCAAGACAACAAUACUCAUGUGUCAACUCGAGUUAUGGGAACAUUUGGGUACUUGGCACCAGAAUAUGCAUCAAGUGGGAAGCUAACAGAGAAAUCUGAUGUUUUCUCCUUUGGUGUUGUGCUCUUAGAACUAAUAACUGGACGUCGGCCUUUGGAUAUGUCUGGGGACAUGGAUGAAAGUCUAGUAGACUGGGCUAGACCUUUAUGUUCGCGAGCAAUUGAACAAGGAAUCUAUGAUCAAUUGGCCGAUCCAUUCCUAGAAAAGAAUUAUGUCCCCCACGAGAUGGCACGAAUGGUACAAUGUGCUGCUGCAGCCAUUAGACAUUCUGGCAGAAAACGUCCUAAAAUGCGUCAGAUUGUGCGUGUAUUGGAAGACAAUGUCUCGUUGGAUGAAAUAAAUGAUGAUGUCAGAACCGAACAGAGUUCCAGCUUCAGCUUAACGGCCGGUGGUAACGCUGAUGAUGACGAAGUCACAUCGUAUGGUGCGGACAUGAAGAAGUUUAGGAAGGGGACAGUGAACAGCAAUGACUACGCAAGCAGCGAGUUCGGUCACACAAGUGAAUACGGGCUCAAUCCAUCCUCUUCAAGCAGUGAGGCUAGUGGUGGAGCUACAAGCCGCCAACUUUCUCCUUGAACCAACAUAAAACUUCUAAAAUACUAAGAGGGAUUGUUUAACUUUGAGAUGAUUCCAGUUUGAUGAUUUUUUAGUUAAAGGGAUCAUUUUAUUCAGGUAUGUGAUGGUGUCUAUAUGGUUUUGGUGACGGUAUGCAAAAUAGUUACCCUUUUUUUUUCUGCUUAAUUCGUUGAUGGGUUGUUGUAAAGCCUGUGGUUAAAAUUGAAUCUAUAUGUACCUAUACUAAUGAUUACAUUAAAUAUAAAACGAUUAUUUUAUU